AUGGGAUCGUUAGGCGACUCAACGGCCUCAUUCUCGGCGCCAACCGAAGUAAUAAGCGCUGAUGGGCUACUCUUCGACUUCGACGGCACCAUCAUCGAUUCGACAGAGGCAAUUGUGAAACACUGGCAGAGGCUCGGGCAUGAAAUGGGAGUCGACCCAGAGGUCAUCUUGGCGACAUCACAUGGCAGAAGGAGUAUCGAUGUACUGCGCUUGUACGACGAGAGCAAGGCAAACUGGGAAUACAUAUCAGAGCUCGAAGGUAGGAUACCAAAGGAAUUCGGCCAGGACGCAGACGAAAUACCUGGGGCGCGAUCUCUACUUCAUAAUCUGGACGCGGCGCAUGCACCAUGGGCUGUCGUCACAUCUGGUACACGAGCGUUGAUCACAGGAUGGAUUGAGCGGCUCAAGCUGGCCAAGCCUGAGGUUCUUGUGGUUGCUGAGGAGGUGUCCAACGGCAAACCAGAUCCAGAAGGUUACCUGCUCGGACGUGAGAGGCUUGGUCUGCAAGACAAGCAAAACAUGAUCGUUUUCGAGGACGCGCCUUCUGGAAUCCGCGCAGGCAAGGCAGCUGGAUUUCGUGUUGUCGGUCUAGCAACAACCCAUACGCUCGAGCAAGUUCGGAAAGCCGGUGCUGAUUGGAUCAUCAAAGAUCUCAGAAGUAUCUCUUUGAAGAGCGUUGAAAAUGGUGUGAUCUCGAUCGCCAUACAUGAUGCUCUGGUCGACUCGUAA